GGAGAUUGGAAACAUAUCAAGCUUCUUCUUCGUGUUACGCACUUUCAUCUCUCUCUCUUCUCUCUUCUCUCUUCUCUUCUCUCUUCUCUCUUCGUCUUCCAUCACAGAAGACAGAAUCCAAUGUCGUCGACCUACAAGCUCAAUCACACUGAUUCUUUCGGAAAUGGAGAUGCAAAGAGUUUGGCGGAGAAUGGUUUCAGUCAUUUGACUUCACUUGCUCAAUCAGAGAAGGCUGUUCAGGAGCUUCUUCUUCAACAAACUCCUAUGCAGACUACUGACGACCAUCUCAUUGAGUUUUCAGAGGCUUUGAGAACUGUUGCAAAGGCACUAAGAGGAGCUGCUGAAGGAAAGGCGUUGGCUCAAGCUGAGGCUGCUGAAUGGAAGCGUCGAUACGAGUUAGAGAGGUCGAAGAACGUAGAGUUGCAGCAUAAAGAACUGUCAAAUGGAGUGUGUGCUGAUGAAUCUAAUAGUCAAAGGAUAGAGCACUUAGCAAAGUCUCCGCGGCUUUAUGCUCAGGAAAACAGUUCUAAUGGCAUGGAGCGUAUUUGCUCUCAUGAAGUGCUCCAAGAUGGUGGAUUUAACAGUUUUACUAACAAAUUGAAGAGGAAGGCGUCAUUUAAACUUUCAUGGGGAUGUAAGGGGAUGGCUAAUGAUCAACACAAAAAGGAAAUUGUUUCGUUUGAGAGAGGGAAUAUCAGUACAGCAGAGCGCAGUAGUAAACAGAUUUCACUGACAUGGGAGUCUGAUCCACAAACUGUGCUUAUUAUCACUAAACCUAAUUCAACUUCCGUGCGAGUUCUCUCUGUGGAUAUGGUCAGAUGGUUGAGAACGCAAAAAGGACUAAAUAUUUAUGUGGAACCUCGAGUAAAGGAAGAACUCUUAUCAGAAUCAAGUUCCUUCAACUUCGUACAAACUUGGGAAGAUGACAAGGAAAUUUCACUUCUACACACAAAGGUUGACCUUCUUAUAACUCUUGGUGGGGACGGCACAGUGCUAUGGGCAGCAUCGAUGUUUAAAGGACCAGUGCCUCCAAUUGUUCCAUUCUCCAUGGGAUCUCUUGGAUUUAUGACUCCUUUCCACAGCGAACAAUACCGAGAUUGUCUUGAAGCGGUUUUGAAAGGUCCAAUCAGUAUAACACUACGACACAGGUUGCAGUGUCACAUCAUCAGAGAUAAAGCAACGAAUGAAUAUGAAACAGAGGAGACUAUGCUUGUUCUGAAUGAAGUCACCAUUGACCGUGGAAUAUCUUCUUUCCUCACAAACCUUGAAUGCUACUGCGACAACUCAUUCGUCACAUGUGUGCAAGGCGAUGGACUAAUACUGUCUACAACAUCUGGUAGCACCGCGUAUUCACUUGCUGCUGGAGGGUCAAUGGUCCAUCCUCAGGUUCCUGGGAUCUUAUUCACGCCUAUCUGCCCGCAUUCUCUAUCAUUCCGCCCACUGAUAUUACCGGAACACGUGACAGUGAGAGUGCAAGUACCAUUCAACAGCAGAAGCUCCGCUUGGGUCUCCUUUGAUGGGAAAGACCGGAAACAGCUUGAAGCAGGGGAUGCACUAGUGUGUAGCAUGGCACCAUGGCCCGUCUCAACCGCUUGCCAAGUUGAAUCCACCAACGACUUCUUACGCAGCAUCCACGAUGGUCUUCACUGGAACGUAAGAAAGACUCAAUCGGCUGACGGGCCUCGGGACACUUAGAAACAAAUUCCUCCAGCUUUUCUCUCUUUCAUUCUUAACCAAUAACCAUAUAUAGUCUCGACGUCUAUCUAUCUAUCUAUCUAUAUGCAUAUAGAUAAAGGUGAAAAGGAAAGUGAUGGGUUCUGUGAGAGAAUGUGGUCUGUAUCCAUUGUUGUGUAAAGGAGAUGUGUAAUAAUGUAGCUGCUUUGACCCAUAAUUCUGUUGAUGUAAUAAUCACUCAAAGUUAGUGAAUCAAAGAUAUUUCUGCAU